AUGACAAGAGCAUCGAACAAUAAAAUAAAAAUUGGUGUACAUUGGAAAAAUUCUUUAUUAAUUGAUAUACCACCUUCGACCAGUCCUCGUCAUCCGAAACUUAUCGAACUUGAUCCAAACAUUCCAUUGAAUGAUUAUAUUUCAAAAAUAUGUGAUGAUUGGAAAAUUCUUUUAUCAAAUUCAAUUCAUUAUGCACUUCGAUAUGAUGAUACUCAUAAAUUUGUUACUGAACAAAUUUGUUAUCAAAUUCCUACUUGUCAAGUUUUUUAUCUUUCACUUUCACAUGAAGAUGAAAUUCAAGAUAUAUUAAAAUAUCUUUCAUCAAAUGAUUAUCAACGAUAUAAUUUAACUGUACUUGAACGAUUAAAAUUAGCUGGUGAAGAUGAAACAUUUGCACUUGAAUUUGUUCAACAAAAUGGUCUUCAAUAUUUGUUAAAAUUAUUUACUCAUGAUGGAAAAUUAAAUAAUUAUGAAAAUUUUACACCACAUUUACUUCGUUCACUUCAUAAUAUAAUGAUAAAUCAACAAGCUAUUCAUUGA